AGCCCUCCUCCAUCCAGACAUCUAUCCAGCCAGCCGCACAUGCUCAGAGCUCCAGCUCCGCGUCUCUCCCGUGCGGCCUGUGCGUGCGGACCCGCCGCAGAAACACUCGUGCGCUCCUGUGAGGAGAGAUGAUGGUCUCAUGGAGCUCGUGUCUCGUUUGCGUUUGACUCCACCAUGCACUUUAGGAUUUCAAUAAGAUGUUUGUGUGUUUCAAGAUAAUCAUUUUGCUUCUUUCGUGCAACUUCUGCGCCUUCGUAUAUACUCAGGACUCCUCCUGCUGCCAGCAUGCUACAGAACACUUUCCUCAGUGUUGGGGAGCAUGUGAACAGCUCGCGACCAUUAGAAGUGAAUCACGUCUGAGGCAUCUUCUCCUGCGCUUGCCAAGUUACUGCCCGGAGACCUUGAGUGAACUUUGGAUCUGCAUCAACAAUACAUUACCUGGGGCAUCCAAAAAAUCAGAUGGAUGGGUCGGCCUGGGAUGUUGUGAGCUGGCCAUCUCGGCUGAAUGUCGGAGAGACUGUAAGCAGGCAUCAUCUAAAAAUGACAUUACAAAAGUAUGCAAGAAAGACACGGAGAAACCCCUCUACAGCUGUAUCACCAAAAAUGAAAUGGGCUCAGUAUGCUGCAGUUAUGCAGGGAGACACACUAACUGUCGUGAAUACUGUCAGGCCAUCUUCCGCACAGACUCGUCUCCCACUGUCUCCCAGAUUAACGCUGUCAAAGAGUACUGCCAGAGCAUCAGUCCACAGCUUAUCAGCUGUGUGGCCAACUAUACCAAAUCCUACCCUAUCAGAAGCCCUAUUGACAGUCUAUACUGUUGUGACCGCGCAGAGGAGGCCCACUGUCAGACGGCCUGCAAGCGAAUCCUCCGCACCAUGACCACCGAGCAGGAGAUCAUGGAUGGCUUGAUUACAGAAUGCGGCAGUCAGCCUCUCCCACAGGACCCGCUGUGGCAUUGCUUUCUGGGUAGCGCCCACCCUCCCGCCAGAAGUGACCCGGAAUCUCCCCCAAUUGCCAAGAUGGACUGCGCUAAACUCCACUGCUGCUCCAAAGCCAAUACUUCACUCUGCAGGGAUAUAUGCACGGAGAUCAGCACCAAUUGGGGCACUCAGACAUGGCAGGAGUUUGACCAGCGUUGUGAAUAUAACCCUGUAGAGAUGGACCUCAUCACCUGUCUGGCUGAUGUGAGGGAGCCGUGCCAGUUAGGCUGCAAAGAUCUGACCUACUGCACCAACUUCAACAACAGGCCAACCGAGCUGUUUCGAAGCUGCAACGUUCAGUCAGAUCAAGGUGCCAUGAAUGACUUCAAACUGUGGUCGAAUGGAACCAUCAGGAUGCCCUUCAUGAACAUACCGGUGCUGGAUAUUAGGAAAUGUCAACCAGAGAUGUGGAAAGCUGUAGCGUGUGCCCUGCAGAUCAAACCGUGCUAUAGCAAGUCUAGAGGGAGCGUCAUAUGCAGGUCCGACUGUGUGGAUAUUCUGACCCAUUGUGGGGAUCGAAAACGCUUUCUUGAUGAACAGACUCCAGAACGGAUUUGUGACAUGCUCUCCCCAACAGAUGAUCCCGAGCGAUGUAUUCCUCUGAAGAAAUACCUCAACCCCAGUCCCUUUGAUAACUUUAUUGAAGAAGUGAUCCAUCCUUGCAAUCCGAAUCCAUGUCCAAGCAACCAUCUCUGUGAGGUCAACAGGAAAGGCUGUCAUCCAGGACAAGUCUGUCUGCCUUUCUUCUGUGUACCUGGGUGUAAAUUAGGCGAAGCUUCUGAGUUCCUGGUUCCCAUGGACGCUCGUAUCCAAGUGCCCACCCGGAACAGGCAGGUGGGCUGCUAUGAGGUUUGCACCUGCGGUCAGAGCGGCCGCCUGGAGAACUGUGCCGAAAUGCCAUGUUUGGACACAACCAGGACCUGUUUGGUUGCGGGACAAAGGAAAAGUCACGGUACGUCCUUCCGGGUCGACUGCCAUCAGUGUUCCUGCUUCUCAGGUGAUACCAUCUGCUCAUCUCGCCAGUGCCUCAGGUCAGACAGUACGGACGAAGAGCGGCUCUCCUUCACAGGACUUCCUUGUGGCUGUGCUGAUCAUUUCAUACCUGUGUGUGCACAUAAUGGACGCACAUACCCCAGCGCCUGUGUCGCACGCUGUGUCGGCUUCCGAGACAAUCAGUUUGUUUUUGGGUCCUGCAGAAGCAUCAAUCACUGCUCUUCAAACUCCUGCCAAAGAAACCAGAGGUGUGUACCGAAACGUCAGGUGUGUUUAACAGACCACACCGAGUAUCCUUGCCCACAAUAUGAGUGUGUUUCUCGCCCGUCCGGCUGUGACCAGAACCAACUGGACCCAGUGUGUGACACAGACAACAUAGAACAUGCCAAUCUGUGUCUACUGCACUUACUGGGCAAGACACUGGCGUACAUGGGUCACUGUCAGGAUUCCUGCAGGAAGCCCAGAGAGGUGUGCGGCCACAAUGGUGAGACCUACAGUACAGUAUGUGAAGCAUUCUCAGACCGUGUUGCUGUGGAUUAUCAGGGUCACUGUCACGCGGUGGGGGCCGUGUCAGAGUUCACAUCAGACUCGGGGUGUAACGCUGUGCCCUGUCCCCCGCUUUCCACAGAAGGCUGCAAUCCUGUUACCCCACCUGGUGCCUGCUGUCCUGUGUGUGCAGGUAUGCUACAGAUCUUGUGGAACAAAGCACAGAUGAAUACAUUUGCCAAGCUGAACAGGAAUAAUCCUGUGACCGUUCACGACAUCCUGAAAAUCCUGCGGUUGCACAUCUCUGUUCCUCAGUGUGACAUCUUUGGGUACCUGAGCAUCGAUUCUGACAUUAUAAUCCUUAUUGUUCCUGUUGAUCAGCAGCCUACACCUCUGCAGAUUGAAGCCUGCAGUAAAGAGGCAGAGAAGAUCGACUCGCUCAUAAACUCUGGAAGCCCCACACUGGUGUCACAUGUUCCUCUGUCUGCCUUCCUCAACUCUGAAGUCAAACUUUCCACCAUAAGUUCUGCUGCCGCCGCCCCACGGUCUCUCUCUCUCUUUCUGUUGCUUCUCCCUCUGCUUCUUUUCCCUUUGGCAUCGUAACCCCUGUUGCCAAGCAACAGCACCUCCUGUUUGACCUCUGACCUUCCAAGGUCUCGUCGGGAAUCCGUUCCAGUCGACGUUGGCUCGACAAUCAUGACAAGGACAAUCUAAAUCCGACUUUUAAUGAGGAAAACUUUGGACUUAAAGACGUAACUUUUUCUCUCACGUUUGAAGACUUCCUCAAAAGGAAAUUGUACGAUGGCGUCUUUUACCGAUGGCCAUUACUUAUGCUUUGGAGACAGUCACACCAAAAGAGGAAAUGGAAGACGCGAGAGCCUUGGACAAAGAUGUUCUCAUAUGUUGGGUUUGACGCAAGACGACUGCUGCUGUCUCACUGACCUUAUUACUCAUGCACAUAUCCAACACAUGAACUCCUGACAUUGUCACGAACUGUAGUCUAUUAAUUUGUGUUUACUGACACGAAUUUCCCCCUUUUUUCGUGUCACUCAGCAAGACUUUCAAUCUAAUGUAUUUUAAUACGCGGUAUCUUUCAUAUGUAUAAAUAUAUAUCAACGCAAUCUGAUGGGAAUUCAUACCUAUUUUACAAGGUGGCUCAUUCGUGUGAAUUCCUAUUUCCUACGAUCUCAUCGAUAUGACUUUUCCCCUGUGAUGUUUAGGGGCAGGGUUAGGGGAGCCGUUUAUCAUCAUUUUGCCACAUCGUGAAACUCGCAGUUUUAGCAAAAUUUGAAUUUUGUGAUUUUAUGGUUUGGGGUGAAGUAAAGUGUUGGUAAGCCACAUCCAAAAUAUGUACGACUUAUUUUGAUAUCAGGUUAUAAAUAUAUAAAAGGAUUAAAAAAAGGUCGUGCUCACUGACAUGAAAAAAGGGGGAUAUUUGUGUCCAUGAACACGAAUUAAUAGAUUCCAAAUUUCGUGUCUAUGCCACGAACUGCCGUGAGACUGGGUUGACAUAUCAGCUUUCAAAAUACUGUUAGACCUUCGUUGAAAAAGGCCUGAAGAAAGUAGAAUUCAUAAAAUAACUUUUCAUUCAGAGCUGAUAGACAAAAAAACGUUUAUUUUGAUCCUAUCUGUUGAUAAGUUCAUACAAACACUGCUAAAAAGAGAAGUUUCUUAAUCAGUAUUAUUCUCCUUUUGUCAUCCAGUAAUACAUCUAAACAUCCUUAAAACAAGAUACAUCUACUUUUAUAUUUUAUUUUGUUUUUCUCACACUAUUUUUCUUAUUCUAGAAACUAGGUCUACAAAACAUUAAACUAAACAAAUAUUGUCGUAUACGUUUUUGUUUCUGAGGCAAAUGUGUCUUGUUUAAAGGAUGUUUAGAUUACUUUAUUGGAACACAAGAUUUUUUUACAAUGAAGAAAAAAGAGGAACUCAGCCAUGUAUACAAAUAUGACAAUCGUACUACUUAUCUAUAAAGUGGUAAACACAUUAUGCCUUGCUUAUAAAGUUUAUAAAUAUAUAUAUAUAUGUAUUUGUGUAUAGAUUUUUUUUUAAUAUGAAGUAUUGCAAAAUGAAAUCUUUAUGUCCAUAAGAGAAACAAAGUAUUAUAUUUUGAGAUGGUAACAUCACAACGUGCCAUUUUUAAAGCUAUGUUUGCAUGAUGACAAUUCUGAGGUGUUUUUUACAGAUUAUUUUGGUGUGUUUUUGAGCUUUUUUUGUUUUUGAAAGGCCACCUUUUCCCGACAGUAUUAUUUUGCUUAGGCAGCUGUGUAGCAUGAUAGGGGCCUUAUUGUGUCCUGUCUGUCCGUCACAUGUUUGUAACGCUUCCUGUAAUGUACAUUUUUUUUAUAUGAUAAUAAUAAAUGUGAUCAUAUUACGUGAGGAUUUCAUCGGAAUGAAAGCGGAUAUACUGAUUACACAAUUUCUAAAUAAUGAAACUUCGGGAUUUUGCCGUUUUUCACAUGAUUUUUGCCACCUUUACUUUUGCUUUAUAAUUUUAACUGGUUUACUGGGUGGAGCAUUAGUGGAGCGACCGUGAGAAACGAUGUGGCCGAUCACAGCAUUUAACAGAUGUGAUGUCACUUGCAACAUUGUUUUAAAGUGAUA